AUGACUCUACUCCAAAUCGCAGUUGCUGCUUUUCCCGAUACGCCUGUGCUAUUGUGCGCAGUCGUGGUGAUUUUCCUUCUUAUUCUAUGGAAGCAACUUAAGACUAACGGACUACCUCCGGGUCCCUGGGGUUUCCCAGUGGUCGGAGUUCUCCCCUUCCUUGGGACAGACCCUCACCUCGUCAUGGUGGGAUGGGCUAAGAAGUAUGGCGACAUAUUCAGCGUUAGAUUGGGCACCAAGACAACCGUUGUAUUGACCGGUUAUGAAGCUAUCCGAGAUGUGUUUCAGAGAAAGGGAGCGCUGACUUCUGGAAGACCGCGUAUUCCGACUUUUGAUUUUCUCCAUGGGAAAGGUUUUUUAUGCACCGAUUACUGUACGAGGCAGAGGACUCAGCGAGAAUUUACCUUAAAAUACCUAGCAAAAGCUGACACCGAGAAGCAAACUGAAGAUGAGAUUGACGCUCUGCUUCAAUACAUCCGCAAUAAAAAUGGCGAACCGUUCGAUUUCAACAGCACCAUCAGUGCCACUGUAUCCAACAUCAUAGGUAGCAUUCUGUUCGGAGGCAGACAGGAGUACGAUGAUCCAGAUUUCAAACAUUUGGUCGAUUCAUACCAUGCUGCAUCCAGAUUAAGCGCCCAGGCCUCGUUUCAGAAUUUCCUGCCAUUUCUUUCGUUUUUACCGCAAUGUAAAAAUGGAAACGAGGCUUGGAAUGUAUUUGCAAGCCAAGUCAAAUGUUUGCUAGAUCAGCACAGAUUGGGAUAUGAUCCAGGCGCCACGAGAGGUUUGGUCGAUGCUUUUCUGCACCAAUCAAAUCAAGGAGACUCGGAUAAUUCUUUUGCAUUUAAUGAUGAGGAUCUAAUAGCAAAUUGCCAGACGCUCUAUCUCGGGGGAUCGGAAACAACUUCAACGACACUAACUUGGGGAAUGCUGUACCUCUUAUCUUACCCUGACGUCUGUGAAAAGAUCCAUGCAGAAUUGGAUGAAGUCGUAGGAAACACACGACGCCCCAGUCUUGCCGACAGGCCGCAUCUCCCCUAUGUUAACGCUACGCUAAUGGAAAUACAACGCUGCAAUUAUAUUGGACCGCUGUCGCUUCCUCAUAAAGCGAUACGUGAUACCACUAUUAAUGGCUACGUGAUCCCUGAAGGAACGACAAUCAUGGCAAACUUUUGGUCUGUGUUCAUGGAUGAAAAAAAUUGGUCCAAUCCUCGUGAAUUUCGACCUACAAGGUUUCUAGACGAAGAUGGAAACUUGAAAAAGAUUGAGGCUUUCAUCCCGUUUUCCCUAGGAAAACGCUCCUGCCCUGGAGAGACUGUUGCUCGUCAGGAAAUGUUUCUGGUCAUUGCUGCCUUGGUUCAGACAUUCACCUUCCACGUGCCAGAGGGAGAGGCGAUUCCAGAUCCAGAUGGUAGCUUAGGACUCCUGUACGAGCCCCCAAGAUACCGGGUAUGUGCCAGACCAAGGGACUGAUUUAUGUUUCGACUCCUCAUCACCGGGGUUGCGGUUCGUUUCGCUUACCUGCUGUGAGGAUAUGUGGAAGAGUACAUACGUAGAAAUAAAUUCUGAAAUCCUGUUACCUCGAUGAAUAUAUACGGGCAGAUCCCUCUAAUAUUUUUGGCCGUUUCAUUUUGGGGAGCAAACAGCUGUUUAACUUUUUUAGCUUGUGUGUUUGUGGGUUAAAUAACAUAGUGAGUUGAAUUCAGCCGAUGACCAAAAUCAGUAAAUUAGUUUUGGAAAACAAUUCACAUAUUCAUUUUGCCGAACAUCUUGGUGACAAACAGACAAAACUGAAAGCUGAUUACUUAAUGUCACAAGCUCUCUCUGCCAAUGAGAUGUUUUCCUUAGUUAAUGAAAUGAUCAAAAAUGGUA